UUAAUUACUACUGUAAAACCACUAACUUGAUCAGAAAAACCCGUAGUGGAUGUGGUUACGAGUUGAGUAAUGCAGGUUGCUUCACAGCUGAUAAUCCACGUAAGACCAUUGUCAUGAUGUUUAAAAGGAGGGACAGAGAGAGUUCUAUCCAACUGUAUAUAAGGUGGAGGUGCCCCACAACUUGGCUAUUUGCACUCAGAGAAGAACAAUGACCGGAUGGGUGCAGAGCUUUCUCCUUUUGGUGGCCACCAUCAUUUCCUCUGCAGAGGAUACCUGCCCGGACGUUAAAGUCAUUGGAGUGGGGGCAUCAGACAAGCUGACCAUUCUGCGAGGAUGUCCUGGGAUCCCUGGAGUGCCAGGGCCACAAGGUCCCACUGGUCCUACAGGAGCAAAAGGUGAUGCAGGAGCACCUGGGAUUCCUGGAAAGAUGGGACCCACUGGGUUAAAAGGAGAACAAGGAAAUCCUGGACAAAUAGGGCAAAAAGGUGACAAAGGAGAUCCAGGUGUGCCAGUUCCUGGGACGGCCCAAAACUGUAAGGAAUGGCUGGAUCAGGGAGGUACAAUCAGCGGCUGGUACACUAUAUACACCCCCAAUGGGCUUCCUCUCUCUGUGCUCUGUGACAUGGAAACUGAUGGAGGAGGAUGGAUAGUGUUUCAGAGACGAGCAGACGGGUCGGUGGAUUUUUAUCGAGACUGGCAUUCAUACAAGAGAGGGUUUGGUCGCAAAGAGAGUGAAUUUUGGUUGGGGAACGAGAAUCUCCAUCUCCUCACAGCAACAGGGAAUUUGCAGCUCCGUGUGGACCUGACGGAUUUCGGUGACCAGCACACUUACGCCUCAUACAGCAACUUCCGUAUCGAUGAAGAGUCUCAGAACUACACCCUGAGUCUGGGGAGUUUCACAGGAGGAGAUGCAGGUAACUCCCUAUCUGGGCACAGUGGCUACUCCUUCAGCACUAAAGACAGAGACAAUGACAUUUCUAGUGGCAGCUGUGCUCAGCAAUUCAAAGGAGCCUGGUGGUAUACAAAGUGCCAUUCCUCCAACCUGAACGCACUCUACCUGCGCGGAAAUCACACCAGCUAUGCCAACGGAGUUAAUUGGAGUACAGGCAAGGGGCAGCACUACUCCUACAAGGUGUCAGAAAUGAAGUUUCGUCCCCAGCCUUAAAGUGGGAAGACUUAUUAUGUGAUAAUGAACAGCAGUUAUCCCCAUAUAACUUCAUAACCUGCUGCACCUGCUUCUUUUCUCCAAUAUCUGUUGCCAAAGCAGUUUUUGUAACCCCUAUUUCUACCAGUUUCUCUUUUUAUUUCCCAAUAAAAUCAACUUUUCCAAA